AUGGCUCCAUGGUCCUACCACUUCGUUGAGCUCGACGCGGCCCAGAAGCACGCUCGACGUGAGACCAUCGACCACUACGCCGCCAUUGCUCACGCAUCCACCAUCCUCCCCGUAUUGGCGGGCUCAGUGUACCGCUUGUUCGUAUGGGCGCUGGCAUUGUAUCGAGGCAGGUCCCUGGCAGCGGUAAGAGGGUCGGCACGUGGCGACUACGCCGCCGUGCCGGGCUCGCCGGCUCUCAAACAUCAGACACUCAGCACUGCGGGUGGUGCAAGGGCCACGCUUAGGAAGUUGUCGUGGUGGCUUGGCGACGAUGUUGUACUCCUGGGCAGGAGAUGGGGGCAGAGGGACCAGCUCAUAUUUGGGGCGGCUUGGACGAUCUGGUUGGUGUUUUUGGCCUUCGUCAAUACUGGAGAUGACUAUCUGCACCUCACGAAAAGACUCGGCAUCAUUGCAGUGUCCCAAUUCCCACUGCAAUACGCUUUGUCUCUCAAGCAGCUCAAUCCUGUAGCCUGGGCAUUUAAUUCCUCCCACGAGCGUGUCAACCGCAUCCACCGCCCGCUUGGCCGCAUCGUCUACCUGCUUCUCUGCGUCCACGCGGCCAUGUACCUCAACUUCUAUUACCAGACGGGCAUCCUCCAGGCCAAGAUGACCUCACUCGUCCCAGUAUUGGGUAUACUCUCUAUUGCUGCCAUGACCCUGCUGAUGAGCACAUCCCUCGAAUAUGUGCGUCACCUAUCCUACCGCGCCUUCUUCAUCACACACCUCCUUGUCGCCCUGGCUCUACCCGUGGCAAUUUUCCUACACGCCCAUACUGCACGGAUCCUCGUUGCCGAGGCGCUUCUGAUCUUUGCGGCGGACAUCGGCGUGCGCAGGCUCAGCACGGUGGAAGUGGACACCAAUAUCAUCCGUGUAGGCGACUCGGAUUUGCUAAAGUUGGACAUGGCCUUGCCCGACGAGAAACAAUUCGCCCGCUUUGCUCACGACGGCCCGGGAGUACACGUCUAUCUUAGCGUCCCUCAGGCCUCCCGACCUAGCCCGUGGAACAUGCUUGCGCCGCGCAAUCUACAGUUUGAGCUUAUGUUUAACCCUUUCAGUAUCGCGACCACGGAUGAUAAGACACGGACCGUCACGCUCGUUGCCAAGCAGUGCCGGGGACCGAUGACUAGGAAUCUUGCACGUCUCGCGGCUGGCGAGGGCGACUAUCACGGAAAUUCGCAGGCGACUGUCCCGCUCAGCAUCCAGGGCCCAUUCGGCUGCUCCCGCAAGUUUCCAGACCUGGCGGGUCCGGAGUUCAGCUCCAUCCUGCUCGUGGCUGGCGGUGUCGGCGCAACUUUUAUCUUGCCUAUAUAUCGAUCGCUUGCCUCUGAGAGGAUAGGACCGCGCGUCAAGAUGAUCUGGGCUCUGCGCAGCGCGGCGCAGGCAACUUGGGCCACCACUACCAUCGAAGGCUUGGUGAACGACGAGAAUUGUGACUUGUUCCUCACCGGGAAUAUUCUGGCAUCGUCCCCGAUGCCCCAUUCCCAGAACGGGCACGCGGGCGAAGGCAGUGAUAUAGCCAUGACUCGUCUCUCUGCACGAACACCGACAACUACGCACAUCAGCAAUGGCCACCAGCAUAUCAAUGAGAAGAGACCGGAUCUAGCCAACAUUGUGGACGAUGUUUUCAAGAAGGUGACCCCGUCGCAGGGCAGAGUAGCCGUGCUGGUUUGCGGUCCAGCCGCUAUGGCGCGGGAACUUAGAGCAUCAGUGGGCGUGUGGGUUGCCAAGGGAAGAGACGUGUGGUGGCAUGAUGAAGGCUUCUCCUGGUAA